UCCGGCUCCGGCUCGGGCGGCGGUGGCGGGAGUAAGACCCGGCGGUGGCGGCGGCGGCAGAAGAGCAGCGGGAUCAGCGGCCCCAGCGGCUUGUGUGUGUUGGGGGGGGACAUGCGGACCGACGGCCCCUGGAUUGGCGGAAGGAGCGGAGACCCUGGUGCCUUGCCCUCAGUGCUGGUUGUCCAGGAGUGACUGGUGUGAGCAAGCAGAGACCUGGUUGAUUGUCCUGGGCUGUGGCUGGCCGUGGUGCUAGAGCCCUGGAUGGCCCCAGAGCCAGCCCCAGGGAAGACGAUGGUACCCCUUGUGCCUGCACUCGUGAUGCUUGGUUUGGUGGCAGGUGCCCAUGGUGACAGCAAACCUGUCUUCAUUAAAGUCCCUGAGGACCAGACGGGGCUGUCGGGAGGAGUGGCUUCCUUUGUGUGCCAGGCCACAGGGGAGCCCAAGCCACGCAUCACAUGGAUGAAGAAGGGGAAGAAAGUCAGCUCCCAGCGCUUUGAGGUGAUUGAGUUUGAUGAUGGGGCAGGGUCCGUGCUGCGGAUCCAGCCAUUGCGGGCGCAACGAGAUGAAGCCAUCUACGAGUGCACGGCCACCAACAGUCUGGGAGAGAUCAACACUAGUGCCAAGCUCUCAGUGCUCGAAGAGGAACAGCUGCCCUCUGGCUUCCCUUCCAUCGACAUGGGGCCUCAGCUGAAGGUGGUGGAGAAGGCACGCACAGCCACCAUGCUGUGUGCAGCAGGCGGGAAUCCAGAUCCAGAGAUCUCUUGGUUCAAGGACUUCCUCCCUGUGGACCCUGCCACGAGCAAUGGCCGCAUCAAGCAGCUGCGUUCAGGUGGUUCACCAAUCAGAGGUGCCUUGCAGAUUGAGAGCAGUGAGGAGUCGGACCAAGGCAAGUACGAGUGUGUGGCGACCAACUCUAAAGGCACACGCUACUCGGCCCCCGCCAACCUCUAUGUGCGAGAUCAGCGAGAAGUGCGCCGUGUGGCUCCUCGUUUCUCCAUCCCUCCCAGCAGCCAAGAGGUGAUGCCAGGUGGCAGCGUGAACCUGACUUGCGUUGCGGUGGGCGCACCUAUGCCCUACGUGAAGUGGAUGAUGGGGGCUGAGGAGCUCACCAAGGAGGAUGAGAUGCCUGUUGGCCGCAACGUGCUGGAGCUCAGCAAUGUCGUGCGCUCUGCCAACUACACCUGCGUGGCCAUCUCCUCGCUGGGCAUGAUCGAAGCCACAGCCCAGGUGACAGUGAAAGCUCUGCCGAAGCCUCCAAUUGACCUUGUGGUGACAGAGACAACUGCCACCAGCGUCACCCUCACCUGGGACUCUGGGAACUCAGAGCCCGUGUCUUACUACGGCAUCCAGUACCGUGCAGCAGGUGCGGAGGGCCCCUUCCAGGAGGUGGAUGGCGUGGCCACCACCCGCUACAGCAUUGGUGGCCUCAGCCCUUUCUCAGAAUAUGCCUUCCGCGUGCUGGCGGUGAACAGCAUCGGACGAGGACCACCCAGCGAGGCAGUGCGGGCACGCACAGGGGAGCAGGCGCCCUCCAGCCCCCCGCGCCGUGUGCAGGCACGCAUGCUGAGCGCCAGCACCAUGCUGGUGCAGUGGGAGCCGCCCGAGGAGCCCAACGGCCUGGUGCGAGGGUACCGCGUCUACUACACUCCCGAUUCCCGCCGCCCCCUGAGCGCCUGGCACAAGCACAACACAGACGCCGGGCUCCUCACCACCGUGGGCAGCCUGCUGCCUGGCAUCACCUACAGCUUGCGUGUCCUGGCCUUCACUGCCGUGGGUGACGGCCCACCCAGCCCCACCAUCCAGGUCAAGACACAGCAGGGAGUGCCUGCCCAGCCGGCGGACUUCCAGGCGGAGGCAGAGUCGGACACCAGGAUCCAGCUCUCGUGGCUGCUGCCCCCGCAGGAACGGAUCAUCAAGUAUGAGCUGGUGUACUGGGCCGCGGAGGAUGAAGGCCAGCAGCACAAGGUGACCUUCGACCCCACCUCCUCCUACACUCUAGAGGACCUGAAGCCUGACACACUGUACCACUUCCAGCUGGCCGCCCGUUCCGAGAUGGGGGUGGGCGUCUUCACCCCCACCAUUGAGGCCCGCACAGCGCAGUCCACCCCCUCCGCCCCUCCCCAGAAGGUGACCUGUGUGAGCACGGGCUCCACCACGGUCCGGGUAAGUUGGGUCCCGCCGCCAGCCGACAGCCGCAACGGCGUUAUCACCCAGUACUCGGUGGCCUACGAGGCAGUGGACGGCGAGGACCGAGGGCGGCAUGUGGUGGAGAGCAUCAGUCGCGAGCACUCCAGCUGGGACCUGGUGGGCCUGGAGAAGUGGACGGAGUACCGGGUGUGGGUGCGGGCACACACGGACGUGGGCCCCGGCCCGGAGAGCAGCCCGGUGCUAGUGCGCACGGACGAGGACGUGCCCAGUGGGCCACCGCGAAAGGUGGAGGUGGAACCGUUGAACUCCACUGCUGUGCGUGUCUCUUGGAAACUGCCCGUCCCCAGCAAGCAGCAUGGCCAGAUCCGCGGCUACCAGGUCACCUACGUGCGGCUGGAGAAUGGCGAGCCCCGUGGCCCACCCAUCAUCCAGGACGUCAUGCUGGCUGAGGCUCAGUGGCGGCCAGAGGAGUCCGAGGACUAUGAAACCACCAUCAGCGGCCUGACCCCAGAGACCACCUACUCCGUUACUGUCGCCGCCUACACCACCAAGGGGGAUGGUGCCCGCAGCAAGCCCAAAAUUGUGGCGACGACCGGGGCAGUCCCAGGCCGGCCCACCAUGAUGGUCAGCGCCACGGCCAUGAACACCGCGCUGCUGCAAUGGCACCCUCCCAAGGAGCUGCCUGGCGAACUGCUGGGCUACCGACUGCGGUACCGCCGGGCCGAUGAGGCAGAGCCCACUAUCAUGGAUUUUGGCAAAGAUGACCAGCACUUUACAGUCAUCGGCCUGCACAAGGGGGCCACCUACAUUUUCUGGCUUGCUGCCAAGAACCGGGCUGGCCCCGGAGAGGAAUUCGAGAAGGAGAUCACCACUCCUGAGGAUGCACCCAGCGGCUUCCCCCAAAACCUGCGUGUGGUAGGGCUGACCACCUCUACCACGGAGCUGACCUGGGACCCCCCGGUGCUGGCGGAGAGGAACGGGCGCAUCACCAACUACUCCGUGGUGUACCGUGACAUCAACAGCCAGCAGGAGCUACAAAACAUCACUGCUGACACCCACCUGGUACUGUCCGGCCUCAAGCCGGAUACCACUUAUGACAUCAAGGUCCGUGCUCGUACCAGCAAAGGCGCCGGCCCACUCAGCCCCAGCAUCCAGUCCCGGACCAUGCCCGUGGAGCAAGUGUUCGCCAAGAACUUCCGUGUGGCGGCUGCUAUGAAAACUUCUGUGCUGCUCAGCUGGGAGGUCCCUGAUUCCUACAAGUCCGCGGUACCCUUCAAGAUUCUGUACAACGGGCAGAGUGUGGAGGUGGACGGGCACUCCAUGCGGAAGCUGAUCGCAGACCUGCAGCCGAACACGGAGUACUCAUUUGUGCUGAUGAACCGCGGCAGCAGCGCGGGGGGCCUGCAGCACCUCGUGUCCAUCCGCACGGCCCCGGACCUCCUGCCGCACAAGCCACUGCCUGCCUCCGCCUACAUAGAGGACGGUCGCUUCACCCUCUCCAUGCCCCACGUGCAGGACAGCACCCUCAUCAGGUGGUUCUACAUCGUGGUGGUACCCAUCGACCGUGUGGGCGGGAGCAUGCUGGCCCCGAGAUGGAGCACACCCGAGGAGCUAGAGCUGGACGAGCUUCUGGAGGCCAUCGAGCAGGGGAGUGAGGAACGGCGACGUCGGCGACAGGCAGAGCGGCUGAAGCCAUACGUGGCUGCUCAGGUGGACGUGCUCCCUGAGACCUUCACCCUGGGGGACAAGAAGAGCUACCGGGGCUUCUACAACCGGCCCCUGUCUCCGGACCUGAGCUAUCAGUGCUUUGUGCUCGCCUCCCUGAAGGAACCCAUGGACCAGAAGCGCUAUGCCUCCAGCCCCUACUCCGAUGAGAUCGUGGUCCAGGUGACACCAGCCCAGCAGCAGGAGGAGCCUGAGAUGCUGUGGGUGACAGGCCCCGUCCUGGCAGUCAUCCUCAUCAUCCUCAUUGUCAUCGCCAUCCUCCUGUUCAAGAGGAAGAGGACCCACUCGCCAUCGUCCAAGGACGAGCAGUCAAUCGGGCUGAAGGACUCCCUGCUGGCCCACUCCUCAGAUCCCGUGGAGAUGCGACGGCUCAACUACCAGACGCCAGGUUCCAGUGUCCCCAGUUGCCCGAAUAUCUCAAGUAUGCGAGACCACCCGCCCAUCCCCAUCACUGACCUGGCAGACAACAUUGAGCGCCUCAAAGCCAACGAUGGCCUCAAGUUCUCCCAGGAGUAUGAGUCCAUUGACCCUGGACAGCAGUUCACAUGGGAGAAUUCAAACCUGGAGGUGAACAAGCCCAAGAACCGCUACGCAAAUGUCAUCGCCUACGACCACUCACGGGUCAUCCUUACCUCCAUCGAUGGUGUCCCAGGGAGUGACUAUAUCAACGCCAACUACAUCGACGGCUACCGCAAACAGAAUGCCUACAUUGCCACACAGGGCCCACUACCUGAGACCAUGGGCGAUUUCUGGCGGAUGGUGUGGGAACAGCGCACGGCCACUGUGGUCAUGAUGACACGGCUGGAGGAGAAGUCCCGGGUGAAGUGCGACCAGUACUGGCCAGCCCGGGGCACCGAGACCUACGGCCUCAUUCAGGUGUCCCUGCUGGACACCGUGGAGCUGGCCACGUACACCGUACGCACCUUUGCACUCCACAAGAGUGGCUCCAGUGAGAAGCGGGAGCUGCGUCAGUUCCAAUUCAUGGCCUGGCCAGACCACGGGGUUCCCGAGUACCCGACCCCCAUCCUGGCCUUCCUGCGGCGGGUCAAGGCCUGCAACCCACUCGAUGCAGGGCCCAUGGUGGUGCACUGCAGCGCGGGCGUGGGCCGCACGGGCUGCUUCAUCGUUAUCGAUGCCAUGCUGGAGCGGAUGAAGCAUGAGAAGACAGUCGACAUCUAUGGCCAUGUGACAUGCAUGCGAUCGCAGCGGAACUAUAUGGUGCAGACAGAGGACCAGUAUGUGUUCAUCCACGAGGCGCUGCUGGAAGCCGCCACGUGCGGACACACGGAGGUGCCUGCCCGCAGCCUGUAUGCCCACAUCCAGAAGCUGGGCCAAGUGCCUCCCGGGGAGAGUGUGACCGCUAUGGAGCUCGAGUUCAAGUUGCUGGCCAGCUCCAAGGCCCACACAUCCCGCUUCAUUAGCGCCAACCUCCCCUGCAACAAGUUCAAGAACCGCCUGGUGAACAUCAUGCCCUAUGAGUUGACCCGCGUGUGUCUGCAGCCCAUCCGUGGUGUGGAAGGCUCUGACUACAUCAAUGCCAGCUUCUUGGAUGGCUAUAGACAGCAGAAGGCCUACAUCGCCACGCAGGGGCCUCUGGCAGAGAGCACCGAGGACUUCUGGCGCAUGUUAUGGGAGCACAACUCCACCAUCAUCGUCAUGCUGACGAGGCUUCGGGAGAUGGGCAGGGAGAAAUGCCACCAGUAUUGGCCAGCAGAGCGCUCUGCUCGCUACCAGUACUUUGUUGUUGACCCAAUGGCUGAGUACAACAUGCCCCAGUAUAUCCUGCGUGAGUUCAAGGUCACGGACGCCCGGGAUGGGCAGUCGAGGACGAUCCGGCAGUUCCAGUUCACAGACUGGCCCGAGCAGGGCGUGCCCAAGACGGGUGAGGGCUUCAUUGACUUCAUCGGGCAGGUGCACAAGACCAAGGAGCAGUUCGGGCAGGACGGGCCCAUCACGGUGCAUUGCAGUGCCGGUGUGGGCCGCACUGGGGUGUUCAUCACUCUGAGCAUCGUCCUGGAGCGGAUGCGCUAUGAGGGCGUGGUCGACAUGUUCCAGACCGUGAAGACCCUACGCACACAGCGCCCGGCCAUGGUGCAGACGGAGGACCAGUACCAGCUGUGCUAUCGUGCGGCCCUGGAGUACCUUGGCAGCUUUGACCACUAUGCAACGUAACUACCGCUCCCCUCUCCUCCGCCGCCCCUGCCUGGGGCUCCGGAGGGGACUCAGCUCCUCUGAGCCAUACCGACCAUCGUCUAGCCCUCCUGCACGGAUGCUGUUGCUGGCAGAGCACAGCCCACUGGGGUCACAGCGUUUCAGGAACAUUGCCACACCAAAUGGAGAGCCCAGACCACCCCUGGGCCAGUGGGUGGGCCGGCAGGCAGGUGCCGUGGCCCGUCUCUGUCCACCAGGCCCGCCCGGAGCCUGCUUCGAGCUCUCUGUUCCGCUGCCGCCGCGUUUCUCAUGCUUCUUUUCAUGGGGUGGGGAUGGGGACAAAGUCUCCUUUUUUAUACGUUAAGUGGGGUAGACUGAGGGAUUCUAGCCUCUUCCCUCUGAUUUUCCUUUUGCAAAUCCUUAACUGCAGAAUGGGCCGCUGUGGGGGUUGGGGUUCAGUUUGUUUUCUUUUUUGAGUUCGUUUUGGAUCUUCUUUCUGUAUGAGUCUUGCUGCUGAAGGACAGAACAUGCCUUCCUCUGCGUGGAGCUGGGGCCACCGGCCUAAGUGCAGGCCCAGCCGUGGGCCUGGGAGGCAUCACCGGUCCAGCUGCUCUUCCGGCCGUUCAGACAAGAUCCUGUUUCAGCCAAAUGCAGGGAAACACAGUUCUUUUUUUGAGUUUUGUUUUGUUUUUCCUUCAGAGCCUUAUUUUAGGCCCCACAGACAGUGGUGGGCGGGGAAGAGAUAGGAAACACUCAUCCCCAGUUGUCUAUUCCCGUGUGUGUGUGUAACAUUCACAGCCCAGAACCACAGACGUGUCUCGGGGAGCCUGGCAAGGCGUUCCUCAUCACCAUCGUGUUUGCAAAGGUUAAAAAAAAACACAAAGAAAAAAAAAAAUAAAAAAAUCCAAAAAAAACCCAAAAAAAGAAACCCACCAAGAAAAACACAGAGUCAUCCCCCUGGCCUCUGCUUCAAAACCCCAAGAGGGGAGGCAGCUCUGUGUUCCUGGGCUUCCCAGGGGAGCUGCCAGACUGACCUCUGGGCCCACAGAGCCUUGCUCUUGUCCCCAGCAUUGCGGGUACGGCGUGGUGUUGGUAAGCUGUGGAUCUGGCCGUGGGGCCAAGGUGACUGACACAGGUCAGGGUGUGUACCACGCCCCGCACACCUCAGGGCCGAGCAGGGGCACAGCUGGCCCUUCAGGUCCAGGCCAGUGGGCCUGGUAGCACAUGUCUGUCCUCAGAGCAGGGCCAGAUGAUUUCUCUCCCUGGUUUGCAGCUGUUUUCAAAGCCCCUGAGAAUCGCUCUUUUCCACUCCUUCAAGAUGCCCUCCUAAACCAAUGUGGCAAGACUACUGGACUUCUCUCAAUGGUACUAUACUCGAUCCUUAUUAUCUUGGCUUGCUGAGGGGCAGGGAGAGGGCCUCUUCCUCUGGGCAGCACUAUCUAGGUAGGUAAGUGGGGGCGGGGAAGGGUGCAUAGCUGUUUUAGCUGAGGGAUAUGGAGCACAUGUCCCCAGAUCUAGCUAGGCUCAGUCAAGAUCAACAAUCCAGGGUUGGUAAUGUUGGAUGAAACAUUCAUUUUUACCUUGUGGAUGCUAGUGCUGUAGAGUCCACUGUUGUACACAGUCUGUUUUCUAUUUGUUAAGAAAACUACAGCAUCAUUGCAUAAUUCUUGAUGGUAAUAAAUUUGAAUAAUCAGAUUUCUUACAAA